UGGGAAGACAAUUUAAAUAGUAGUUCUGUGUAUAGUUUUGAGUGUGGAAUUGGUAACUAAUACCUGAAAGUAUAAUGGCAGUAUCAUCACUUGUUUCAUUGAUUUCCAAGAAGAUCAUCAAACCCUCUAUUCCCACCCCUCCUCCUCUUAGAUCUCACAAACUUUCCUUUGUUGAUCAGCUACUUCACAUGUAUAUUCCUAUUGCAUUUUUUUACCCAAAAACAAGCAAUGACAAGUCUUAUGAAUCUUCCAACGUAUCUCAACUUCUUGAGAUAUCCCUUUCUAAAGCACUCUCAUCCUAUUAUCCUUACGCUGGAAGGGUGAAGGAUGAUUCUUCCUCUGUUGAUUGUAACAAUACGGGAGUUGAGUUUUCCCACGUUCGUGUCCAUUGUCCCAUGUCCGAAAUUCUCACACACACUUGCACUGGUGCUGAAAGUGUAGUUUUUCCCAAUCGUAAUAACCCUUAUAAGGAUGAAGGAAAUUUAGCUAUAGCUCAAGUUAGCUAUUUUGAUUGUGGAGGAAUCGCCGUAGGUGGAUGCUUAUCACAUAAGAUCGGAGAUGGGUGCACUGCCGGCAAUUUCUUCUACAACUGGGGAGUUUUGAGUCGUGACAUAAAUGCAAUGCUGUCUCCUCACUUUGUUGGAGAAUCCGUCUACCCCCAAUCUAAUGAUCCUUCGGUUGUUUCAACUAUCAAGCCAGAAGAACCAGGAUACGUAGGGAAAAGGUUUGUUUUCCCCGCCACUAAAGUAAAUGCUCUCAAAGCCAAAUUCUCUUUUGAUUCAGGGGUCCAAAAUCCAACUCGGACCGAAGUUGUGAGCGCGCUUAUUUACAAGUGUGCUUUAGCUGCCGGAAAAGAAAAUCUUGGUUCAUUUAAACCGUCUUCCUUGUUUCAAGUUGCAGAUAUGCGCCAAAGGCUGAACUCACCUUUGUCAUACGACGCAUGUGGAAAUCUUAUAUCUGGUUUUUCUGUGGAAACAACUAACGAAAGGGACGUAAAUUGUCCAAGAUUGGUAAGGGAAAUGAGGAUUGAAAAGGAGAAACUUCAGGACAAAGAGAAUGCUACAAAAAAUGCAUUUACCUCCGAAGUAGUUGAUUCACUUAAAAAAGGAAAAAAAGCAUUUAGUAGUGAUAUACUUGAUUAUUAUUUUUGUAGCAGCUUGAUUGCCUUCCCACUAUACAAAACAGACUUUGGUUGGGGGAGGCCAGCUAGAGUAAGCUUCGCAACUGGCCCCUUCAAUAGGUUUUUCAUUCUGAUGGAUAAUCAAAGUGGGGGUGGAGUUGAAGCCAUAGUCAUGUUGGACGAACAAGACAUGCUUAUAUUUGAAAGAGAUCCCGAGAUUUUGGAGUUUGCUAUUCCAGUUCCAAACCAUUAAAGUAGCUUCCGGUCAUCCUUCAUGAUUUUUCUUUGCUAAAUAUUUCUAUCUUUAUGCAGUGAAUCUCCUUCAACUUGUGACUUGUGCUAAAGUAUUUUGUGAUUUCUUCUUUUUUCGGUUACAUGAUGUAUCUAUAGCUUGUUUGGAUGGCUAUUACCCAGUGAUUUAUUAUGUAUCUGUCGUGCUAUAUGAUAUUGUGUUUUUUUGUGAAU